AUGAGCAAACCACGACCACUUUCCACAGCAAAUGGGGAGACAGAAAAGUCAUCGAGAUUUGCUGCCAAAAAGAAGCAGAAACGAAUCGGCAAAAGAGGUCGCUCGGAUGGCUUCGUUGUUGGUCUUGACUUGGCCAACUCGUCAGAAGAUGAAGGCGUUGAGACCGCCAAGAAGUCUGGGUUCGAAUCGGAGUCUUUGAAUUUUAUAUUGUGGUUGAGGAAUCCAACGGUCCAGAACCUGUCUCGAUUGCGGAAAGCUAUUAAAUGCAAUGACAAUGAUUGGAUGAGAGGAUUUCUGGAGUUUGAUGGACUUGGUCUUUUGUUUCAGUGUCUGAAAAACCUGAGCAACUACCACAGCAAUCACUUCACUGACAUGGUGCUUCGCAUGACCUGUGUCUCUUGUAUCAGAGAAGUGGUCAACUCUAGAAGCGGCUUGGACUGCCUCCUGGCUUUUGGGGACCGCAACGACAAUCUGUUUGGCAGGCGAUUUGCGUCUGCCAUGGAGACAGACAACCUGAUGGUAAAGAUGCAGAUUUUCGAUCUCCUGUCAGCUCUGUGUGUCUACUCCACGGAUGGAUUUUACCUCACACUAAACGCGCUGGAACGUUACAAGAUAUGGAGGAAACAGAGGUACCGAUUCAGUUUACUGAUCACUGAACUGAGCAACUCGGAUCUGACCACGUACAAAACGUCCGUGAUGGCCCUCAUCAACUCCAUCAUCGUGGCCAGCGAGAACCUCCGCGACAGGAUCAGGAUCCGAAGCGAAUUUGUUGGUCAGUAU